AUGCCGGGGAGGGUGGCCGAAGUCAGCCCGGCCCAGAAGGCAGGAGUCGCGGCCGGCGGGAGGCCCGGGCCUGGGGCUGAGACUCUGCCUCUGAGCCCGCGCUUCAGCCUGGGGCUGGGGGAGGCUCCCCAGGCCUUGUCGAGUCUGCGUGGCCCCCAAGAAGCGCAGUCAGCUUGGAACCAGCCAGCCCUCCUGCACAUCCAGAAGGCCGUCCCAGGACCACUGCACCCAUCGCCUGGCUCCCUGGACACGGGAUAUCUGGCCCGAGCCGAGCCCUCUGCUGUCCUAACCCCCACCCGGCGCCUGCCCGACAGGGCAGGGUCACGGAGGGGCCGGGGCGUCGCGCUGCCCAGGGACAGGUCAGCCGCUGUCACACGCACAUACAUGAAGAAGCUGCACGUGCAGGAGCGGGCGGUGGAGGAGGUGAAGCUGGCCAUCAAGCCCUUCUACCAGCGGAGGGAGGUCACCAAGGACGAGUACAAGGACAUCCUGCGCAAGGCCGUGCAGAAGAUCUGCCACAGCAAGAGCGGGGAGAUCAACCCCGUGAAGGUGGGCAACCUGGUCAGGGCCUACGUGGACAAGUAUCGGCACAUGCGGCGGCACCGGCGGGCGGAGGCGGGCGAGGGGCCGGGCGCCGAGGGCUGAGGCCGUCCCGGGGGAGCGCACGCCCGCGCGCCUGUGAUUCGUCUACAAAGCGCUAUCCUCAGA